AUGAAGUUCUCCAUCGCUUCUCUCCUUAGCUUAGCUACGGCCGUCUCAGCCAUCGACAUCUAUCUCCAUCCUAACACAGACUGCAGUGGAACAGCGGGAGUUUGCGCAGGUGCCGGACCUCGGGGCUGCUGCACGGGACCAGGCGGCGCCGGAUCCGCGAGCGGUGUCGCCCUCCGUGGUAUCCCUAUCGGCUGGCUCGUUGAGCUUCAGGGUUUCACCGGUGGUGGCUGCACGAAUUUUGCAGGAAGAACGGGAAGCGGGGGUGGCACCACGUUUUUGUGUCUCCGUGGCGGAUUCUUUACAGGUGCCGGCUAUAUCUUCUAUGGCAAGAAGCGGGAUGAGACUGCCGAAGUCGACGACAAGAAGUGCCAGAGAUUCAAUAUAUUGCGUUUGGCGGACGGUACCGAGUACGAUGUGUCUGGUCUGAAUGAUGAAGUCUUCGAUAGCCUUCUCCCAAUUGGACUUAACGCCACAACCCACGAAGAGGUGCCUAACGAGCUCAAGACCCUGCGAAUUGAAUAA